CGUGUGUUCCCGCAGGCGUUGCCGCUCCUAUAAAAACCAACAACAAAAAACCCUGAUUUUCACUCCACUGCUACAGAAAGCCGUCCGUGCCGCGCACUGAACAGACUGCUACACUCCAAACACCCUCCACACACUCCGUCAGCAUGCCGAUCCAGGUUGGUCAACGUCUUCCCGAUGUUUUGGUCUACGAGGGAGACCCAGAGAAUAGCAUCUCAGUAGCCGAACUCUUCAAGGGCAAAAAAGGGGUGCUUUUUGGUGUUCCAGGAGCGUUCACACCUGGAUGUUCAAAGACUCAUCUCCCAGGGUUCAUACAGAAGGCUGGGGAUUUAAAGGCCAAAGGUGUGGAGAUCAUCGCAUGUGUGUCUGUUAAUGAUGUGUUUGUCAUGUCUGCCUGGGGAAAGGAGAACGGAGCAGAUGGCAAGGUUCGGAUGCUGGCUGAUCCCACAGGAGCAUUCACAAAGGCAGUGGAUCUCUUCCUGAACAAUGAUCACUUGUUCGAGGUGCUUGGAAACCUGAGGUCUCAAAGGUAUGCCAUGCUGAUCGAAGAUGGAGUGGUCCGGAAGCUCAGCGUGGAGCCUGAUGGGAAAGGCCUGACCUGCAGCUUGGCUCCAAGCUUUCUCAGUGAGAUUUAAGAGUUAGUGAGUGUGUACAGUCUGUCACUCUCAUCAUAGACCAGUUAUCAUUUCAAAAACAUGGCAACAGGAAAUUCCAGACAAUGAACAACACUAUUGCAUAUACUGUGGGGAAACCCAUGUGAGGAACUAACUUGUUUACGUGAAGCAAUAAUUCAUUGCUAUACCUACAGUAUACUGGUUACCAAAGCAGCAAUAAACCUUUUCCUCAUGACUAAA